GGGGCGUUGCCCGGCUUUUAUGGGAUUCUGCUUUGGUUUUCGUCACCGUCAAUUUCGAGACCACGCCGCGGCCAUUAUCCUAAUCCCCCUCGUGUGGUGCCUUGUGUGCAAUCGACAAACCACCACGCAGCCCUACACUCUGCCAUCGGUUCCAAAGCAUACGGCACUCCAACUCCCUUCCUUUUGGUGGUCUACGGGGCUGAGACGGCGAUCGUGUCGCCCUGCGUCGGCGUCGUGGGCCUCGAUCCAUCAUCCGAAUCGACAGGGCACUGGUCGCGCGGGAUAGCGGGGAAGAAGAUCAUGAACGACCUCGGCGCCCUCAAGCCGGACCUGGGCAAGGAGGAGUCCUUUUUGGUUGCCGACAGCCCCUUCGCCUUCAGCCCUGGCCAACUCAGCAAGAUGUUCAACCCGAAAAGCCUAUCUGCAUUCUACGAGCUUGGCGGUCUCAAGGUCUUGGAAGAGGGCCUACAAACCGACCGCAAAGCCGGUCAGAGUCUCGACGAGCUCAACAUGGGCGGCAGCGUCUCGUUUGAGGAGGCCCCGAGCACACCCAACUCGAAGCUGAUGGCAUUUGGCGAGUUUCCGGCCAAGAUGGCCUUGGAUAGAGGGUGGACCGACUGGCCAAAAGACGACCGAACAGCUCAUCUCCUUGUGCCCCCUGGCGGGGGUUCGCCUGGCAUGGCAGCAGCAACAACCAACCUCGAUGGAACCCCCAGCUCUGGCAAUGUCACACCCAAAGACACUUCAUCCCUAGGCGCGAACGCUGCGGAUUUGUCGGCCGCCGAGUCUCCGCCGGACGACCACCCGCCGGCGAUGGCCACAGCCCAAGGGCAAGCGCCGGGUGGAGAUCGGUUGCUCACGGCGCGGGAGCUUGCUAGAGAAUGUGGGCUUGAACCCAACGGUGCAAUGGAACUUGUGGAAAGCCCUGUCUUCCGCAACCUCAGCGCCGCCGAAAUGACAGUCGUGGCCCCGCGCCUUCGUGCGAUCGCGCAAUCGUCGCCCGAGGACAAGCGCCUGCUUGUGGAGAAGCUCAAAAGUCUCGGCUCGACUGUCACCGCCACUGGAAAUGCCGACGACGUGCCGGCGCUUGUUGCGGCCGGCGUGGGGUUCUCGAUGGGCGCGACGGGAACUGCAGUCGCCAGGGAAGCGGCGCAGAUUGUCCUCAUGGACGACAGCUUCAGCUCUGUCAUCGCAGCUCUCGCAUGGGGCAGGGCAGUUAACACGGCAGUCCAGAAGUUUCUGCAGCUCCAGCUUCUCGUCAACGUGACGGCGGCCCUGUUGUAUGUCGUGGCUGUCGCCAGUGGGGGGGACUUGAGAUGGAUGCUGGUGGCGCAAACGGCGUGGUGGUAUAUCUGCAUCGACAAUCUCAUAAGCACCUGGUCGGAGUAUCAUGCUACCAACAACCCUGAUUGGAGCGCCUGGAUACCUUCAAGGAUUAGGAGCCUUGGGGUCGAUCUCCUUCUUGGGGGACAACACAAGCGCAGACAGAGAUUCCAAUCACAGAAUCGCGCCCGGAGCUCUCACGCCGGUAGUCGAGGAUCCGCCACCAACUGCUUCGAUCAGUUGGCGAUCGACUUACCCUGGGUGAGGUCUGAUUGGCUGCAGCACAAAAGCAACCUCGAAACUACACGCACGACAGCGUUGCAUCUUUCCGGGGCUCACCUACACAGCAACCGCCCACGCCACGCCGGCCAUGGUGACGUUGGCACGAACCAAAUCUUGGCUUGGCAUUGGGAAACGACUCCCAACAACGCCAACCUGUGCUAUCUAGUCAUAGGGCUGGUUCAGCUUCUGCCUCGGAACCCGAGGCAACUGUCGCUGAUGGUGGCGGCAGCACUGCUUCUCGCCAUCCCCCCCGCCGCUGCCGCCUGGACGAGGGCGCAAACCGUCUUCGUCCUGGACGUCUGCGUCGGCGCGGUGGCGGGGACCUCGGCCGUGACCGUCGCCGUGCUGCGGACCAAGGGCCAGGACCCCGAGGCCAAGUGGUGGAUCACUGCCUACUCCUGCUGGGCGGUCGCCUUCACUCUCGCGCUCGUCGAGGCGCUGCUCAAACCCUCCGUAUUGGGGCGGCGGAAGGCGUUCCUUUGCGCGACCUUCCUGCUCGCCGCCCACCUGAACCGCUCCUUGGGCGGGCAGGGCUCGUCCGCCGUCGACACCGUCCUGACGUACGGCCCCUUGUGGCUGGUCGUCAGCCUCUACCUGAUGACGGUCCUGGUCGAUGCCUGGCCGGACAUUGUCCGUGCCACCAUUGGCGUCUAGGUAUCGCCUGGAGGCAGGCUCGACUGGGAUUCGUCCCUGACAGAGUCGGUCAUCUUAGCACCAUUGAGUGCAAUGCACGGACCUCGGUCACGUGAAGGGCGGGGUUAUCCCAUCGCCCGCACGGUGCCCUUCGGGGUUACCUUAUAUUUACGUCUUGUACCUCCCCCGGCUCGAUGCCGAUGAGCACUAUCCGGGCAUUCCAUUACAUUGUGUUGGCGUUCGGCUGUUUUUUUUGUUUUUUUAGACGUUCUUCCUGCUGCCUUCACCACGCAGUUAGCGCGUCUCAAUUUUAGGUAACAGGGUUAGGGCGGGCCCAUCGCAAGGUGGGUCCCAAUCCUCCCGGGAGGGUGCCAUAUAUAGAUGGCGAGGCUUACUAUCACGGCCUUAAGGGGUCCUGUACGUUUUGCACGGCCGCCUUAGAAGGCUGUAAAAUGUCAAAUCUUCUUCUCUUUUCGUAAUUUCCCCUGUGAGGCUUAGGUACUAGAUCGGAAGCGAAACUCGACCGCCGAUCCACAGUGAGGUCGACUCGACGCCCGAAUGAAAGUCUACACCGCGCCUCGCCGCCACAAUUGGCUACCCUAUCUAUCACCC